AAUCUACGAGGCCCUGAAAAGAAGGGAAAGGAAGAGGUCUCCAAAGAAUUCAAUGAACUUUUGGCCCCUCUCGCAACAGUCAGCAACACGACAGAAGUAUAAUCAAAAUGUAGGCACAUGUAGUCACUACAUGUUGAAAACCAUUUGUCGUGCUUUCUCUGUCAUCAGUGCACGGAGACGAACUGACUGAGGUUACGGAAAUGCCACCGGUGAGCUCUCAUCACGUGGUGCGCUUUAUGAGGUUUGCGCUGUGGAUUUGUCUUCAGUUGCGCUGGAAGAGGAGCCCCUUACUUCACGGAGCUUUCCUCUCUUUUUUUUUGCUCUCACAGCAGCGAGCCGAGAUGAUGAGCGGAUCCGCGUCUGAGCUUCCUCCGCGGCGGUUCGUCCUCCAUGCCCCCGUCUGAACGAGUCCAUUUGGUCGGAUGUUUCCCCUCCGAGCCUCUUCUGGGAGAGAAUGCGUCUUCUCGUUUUUGCGACUUUAUUUGGAGUCCUUCUCGACGCAGGAGAUGCCCUUCAGAUCCAGUGCUACCAGUGCGAGGAGAUGAAGCACAAUGACUGCUCCACACCGGAGUACAUCGUCAACUGCACCGUCAAUGUGCAGGACAUGUGCCAGAAGGAGGUGCUGGUCAAACCAGAUGGAAUACAUUAUCGGAAAUCCUGUGCCUCCUCUGGGGCUUGUCUCAUUGCCUCCUCUGGCUACCAGCAGUUCUGCACCGGCAGGCUGAACUCAGUCUGCAUCUCCUGCUGCAACACCCCACUCUGCAAUGGGCCCCGGAGGAAGCGUCCCAUCCCUUCGGCGGCGAUGGCGAUCCUAUGGACGAACAGGCCACUUCUCCUUUACCUGACCUUUCUCCUGCCACUGCUGACACUCCUCCCUGUGACGUAGGCUGGGGAUCCAAUCCAAGUUUCUCCUAUUCACCUUGGAGCCCUGGCCUGUAAUCACUGCUGUGAUCAGCAGAUUUGGUCGCCCACCACACUGGCUUUGUAUCUUCUCAGCGUCAUGAAAAAAAACCAACUGUUGUUCUGAUCGAUGUUACACCCGUAACCACUGAGUAAUGGAGAAGUGGAAGCAUACUGAGUUUUCUGAAUUUAUUUAUUGCUAGAGGAGGACCUGGUCUGCAGCUGAGGCGUCUCUCAAUUUCGUUGCUUUUUGUGAAGUGGAACGUUUUGUGAGGAACCUGCUCUGAAGUCAUUUUCUGGUUAUUACACGCUAUGAAAGGUGCUGGUGGAAGUCACUGUAAAAAAAUAUAUAUAUAUAUACUUUGAAGCUUUUAUUUUGUGGGCUUUGUUUGAAUGAUGGUUUGGAACCAUUAGUUUGCUUUCUUGUUGACGCUGUUGUUGUUGCUCAGAAUGCAAAGAUUUCCAUUUUUUGAAUUGAUUACGGCAACAAAAACCAUCUCAAACCCAAAAUAUGCUUAUAUUUUUCAUAUGUUAUGAGAACUUGAAGGGGUCUGGCAUCUCUUGCUGCACAUUCUUCAUCAUAUAUAUUUUUCUUCUCCACUGCCGCUCAUAUUAAUUGACAUUUUGUUACUUUGAAUUUGAAUGUUGAAGUGUUUUUUUAGAUUUUUGCAGUUUUGCAGCUUACUCAUUCCUGAUUAUAAGAUUUGAAGGAUUACUCUGGAGCUGAGUUAUAUGUUAUAUAUAUUAAUUAGACAUCAGUAUUAAUUAAAUAUUCCUUUGCGAUGUUGGUGUAGUUUAUAUCACAUAGACAUAGUGCAGCAUAAUGAUAAACCACAAGCACAAAUGAAUUCUCACUGGAGAACUGCUUCAGGUUGAUAUCAGCCGUGUUCGCCUUUGAGUUUGUAUGUCUUUAGAACUUUAAAUUAAACAUAUGCCCGAAUCAUAACUAGUAAAUCAUGUAGCCAGUGCUGUGGAGUAAAUAUUUCAUAAUCCACCCCAAUGAAAACAAAUUUGUGUUUUCAUCUCAUUUCCUGCAGGUUUUUAUUUCCCUCCAAAUGAUUUCUUUAGAAGUUCUAUAUUGCUGCUGUCAUUUUAUUGCUUUUUCUUGUAUCUGUACAGUAUUAUAUUCAUACACAAUGAAUGUGCUUUUAACAACAACAACGCAGACUCUUCUCCGGCUGUGUUGUAAUGCUACACACUGAAGUUUUAAAAGACAAACAAGUGCACAGAAUUUUCACACUGGUUCGACAUUGUUUUCACAUUAUUACGAUAUUGUUUUCAUAUUUAAAAAGUAUGUUGUUUGUUGAUUAAUCUUAUAUGACUUAUAUCAGAGCAUCAUGUGACAGUUGAAACAACAAAGAUGAGAUAUGAUCAGUUUCAUUUUUUUAUUUUUUGACUGGUCUUCUGUGAAGAGUUAUGCUGUAUUCUGCUGAUGUGUGAUGUAAAUAAACGUUGCAGAAAAACAGAGCAGCUGGAUGGAAAGAUUUCAGAGCUCUUGUAUCACAUGUUUCACUACAGCCAAUGUUAAAUAUCUUAGGAUUUUACCCAAGUUGAACUUAAUUAAAGAGAUUAUUUUUGCA